CUGCAUCAAUGUAUUUGAAAGUAGUUUUCAAUGCUGAAAUUGAAAAGGAGAAGAAGGGUGAUCCUAACAUUACCAAGUGGUUUUUGAUCCCAUACCAUCAAGAAAAUCAUUGGAUUUUGUACGUGUUAGACCUACGUAGAGGUUGUGCGUAUAUUUUCGACUCUGCGAUAGGUUCCAACCGAGAAAAUAGUGCAUGGGGAAUCUUGUGUUUGGCAUACCAAGUGUACAAGUUUAAUGAUGGGAUUUGUCCGAAUAGAGCGACUAUGCAGGGGUUGAAAGGCUUCCAUGUAAAGUGUGCUCAACAAGUCGGCGCCCGCGAGUGUGGCUAUUACGUUAUGAAGUUCAUGCAUGAAAUAGUCACGUUACACCAUAACACUGAUGAGCGGCUUACACUCCAAGAAAUGCGCCUUAUACCGAUGAGGAAAUAGAUGUGGUUCGUGAGCAAUGGGCUAAGUUUUUUACAACCGAGUAUUUAUUUACUUAGGUUGUUUAGACACAAAGAUGGAAGCGUUUAUAUCUUCAUGGAUUUGGUAAAGUUCUUUAAUUUUUCCAUAAUUACAAGUCUGCUGGAUUUGCUAAUUUAUUGCUUUGAAUACUAAUCUGCUGGUCUUGCUGCUGUUGCAUGUGAAUUCUGAUCUGGUGGUCUUUAG